AUGACAACUACGGCAAUAGUAGCAAAUGUCAAAAGAGCUACCAGCAGUGAUGAUAUGCCUACACUUACAUCGGGUCUGUCAGAGACUAGUCUCGAUAUAACAACAAUUCCUUCUAGAGCUUCCAACCCAUAUAUCCACGAAUCAACACUACCAACAGGCCUAGUAUUUAUCAUUGUUGGGUGCAUACUCGGAAUGAUGCUAAUUGGAAUUGUAUUGUACCGUAUUACAACAUACUUUAUUUUCUCAUCCAAGGCACGACGAGAAAAGGAGAUGUACUUUGCAAAUGGACUAUUCCCACACCAUUAUCAUGAUAAUGGCAGCAGUGUAGGUGGUUUUGGUGGUAGUGGUUUUUUUUCCAAUACACCAAGUCGAGCUGGUGGCACGCCAUCGCAUUACUCCAUGCUCAACACUUCAACAGCAUCUCUCUCCACCGAUUCUUCAACAAGUCGUACGGGCCAAGGAAGAGCUUACAGAAACAAUAUUACGAGCGAUAAAUACGCACAACGCCAAUCGAUGUUUGUUAAUCCAAGCUUGAACAUCAAACAAUUGGAUAUGCUGUUGGAUCAUCCAAGCGAUACAGCAAGCACUUUGGCUCUCGGUAGUCAUGCGGGAAUGUAUAAACAACAGAACAAUUCUUCAGUAGGAUCAUUGAUUUUAUUAAAGAAUCAAACUGCAAGUGGAGCUGCAAGAGAUGGAAGUGUUAGCGAGUUCAGUAAUAGGCCAAAAAUGACAAUCAAUAUGUCGGGCGAGUCAAGUACAAUCGAUACUGCAUCGAGUCAAGGGAGUAUGCUGGGUCUGAAAAUGAUGAAUUUGGAAAAGUUGAAUACCAGUUCUCAAAGUGCAGUGAGAGCGCCUAGCUUGUAUCUUGAAGAUUUGCUAAACGAAAAAGAAAAGGGAGACGAUAACCAGCUGUAA